AUGAAGCAGCUGAGGCAAGACUCCAAGAAGAGCAUUGUCUUCUACCCUGACAUUGGGCAUUUGGGCCACAGUGACGCCACUUUCCACUGUCUGCGCCUGUCCCAGCGGGCUGUUGACCUCGUGGAGGCUCUGCUGGCCAUCAACCCGGCCUUUCGCAAUCCCGGCAUCCUCAAAGCCUUCCUCCUGAUCGCGAUGGACUCGGGGAAUCGAGUCCAUUGCGGGUCUGUGGCGCUGCUGCGGCAUGAGGGAGUGGAGGGCAUCCAGAAGUGGCUGAGAGUGAUCUUCAACAAGAUGGGCCAAGACUGGAUGCUUUCCUGUGUGUUCAUCGAUGCGAGUGCGGCAGAGUACAGCGCCAUCAGCCAGGCUGCCAAGGAUGCAGCUUUGGAGACAGCAAAGACCCGCGUGGAGGCGAUGCUGACAGACGCCUCCGUGCCGCCGGGGCUGGCUGACCACUUUCGUGGGCAGUGGGUGGACAAGUUCCCGUUAUCGAGGUUGGACAAGCAGCUCAGCCACGACAAACCAGACGGCGCGUGA